AUGGCUCAAGAUAACACUUAUACGGCGCCUCUUCAUCCUCGGCCUGGCGAGUCGACCGAAGAUAACCGCGAACUCAAACUCCUCCACUUCAUCUACGACCAACCCAACCGCGACGAAAUCCAAGACAACCCCCAAAAAGUCCUCGAUUUGAUCGACGAGUUCGCGACCCGCUACCGCUUCAUGAACGUCGGCGCCGCAAAAGGCAACGUCGUCACACAGCUGAUCGCAGAACGCAAACCCCAGAUCAUGAUCGAGCUCGGCGGCUACGUGGGAUACUCCGCGAUCCUGUUCGGCGACGCGGUGCGUCGCGCCGGCGGACAGCGAUACUACAGUUUAGAAGUGAACCCGGAGUACGCGGCGAUCGCGAACAUGCUGAUCGAGCUGGCGGGACUGCGUGACUUCGUGCGCAUCCUGGUCGGACGGAGUGAUUUGAACCUUCAUAAGCUGUAUACCAGCGGGGCGGUCAAGCAGGUCGAGAUCUUGUUUCUGGAUCAUUAUAAGCCGGCGUACACGACGGAUCUUAAGCUGUGCGAGCAGUUGGGUCUCAUCGUUCCCGACGUGUCGGUUCUGGCCGCCGAUAAUGUCGUGUAUCCCGGAAACCCGCCCUAUCUAGAGUAUGUGCGCAGCACGGUGGAGCAGAAGCGUGAGGCCGCCAAGAGUGGCCCUGCCCGCAGUUACAACACCGAGGGGAUUCCCCAGCGCACGGUUCAGUCUUUCCUGGGGCAGGAUGCCACGCCGCUGUUCGACAUCACGGGGAAUCCGAAUCUGGUGUACACGAGUACCUUGGAGCAGCCGGAACGGUCUAAUGACGCCGUUGAGGUGACUCGGUGUGUGGGGAUCCAAGAGUAA